AUGGGCAGCAAAUUUCAAACUCAAAGUUUCCCUCUGUCCGGAGUCGCUCGAGAUGGCUGGUCUACCGAUACUGAGGCUACAGCUACUUGCUUCUGCGGUGCUGUGCAAAUAGCAUUUCCCACGGAAGCCCCAGGCCUCAUCAACACAUUUGUCUGCAACUGCUUUGACUGCCGCAAAGUCACCGCCUCCAUGUUCGCCUCCAACUUCACCGUCGACAACUCCUACAUCAGGCACCUCCGGGGCGAGGACAACCUCAGCCGCUGGGGUCAGGACAAGACGCCGACUUCGGGCACUGAAAUGGCAAACUACUUCUGCAAGACCUGCGGCACUCUCAUGUAUCGCAGAAGCGCACUCUCGCCUGACAAGAGCUUCAUGAGAAUCGGCACGGUCGAUGAUUUCACGCUGCACGAGACAAAGCUACGGCCGCAGUAUGAGAUUUUCACGGCUUCUCGUGUCAACUGGUGGCAUGGAGUGGAGGGGGCAAAGGCGCUGCCGGGACCUUUUACCAAGGCGAGCAAUUGA